UAGUGGCAAAGUGAAAAUACAACACAUGUUCGUUACUGAUAGCCCGUCAACACCAAAUGAAAGUCUGUUGUGAGGGGGUUUUCAGCACAAGAGUUCCUCAGUCUCUCGGAUGUAAAUUCAUCAUUUAAAAAUUUCAUACGAGAGGAAGCAACUGUCGGACGUUGGUGUUUAAAUGUGGUGUGGAUUUAUUAUUGUAUAUAUAUAAUAUCGUACCUCGUAUGCUGUUUAUGCACCCAAAAGGAUAACGUUGGCUAGCGUUAGUUUCAGUUCGGAGUGGAACUCUGUAACAUGAAUACAAGUUAGGGCCUUCUUGUCCAAUCCGAGAACAAAAGGAAUUGUACCUUUAUAUUCAUUAGACUAGUGCAUUGUUUAAAGCCUGGAUUAAUGAUGGCAAUAUACAGCUGGUGGAGAGGUUGGUCACUGAUAAUGCUGUCCCUGAUUAUCGUAUCACCUUCAACAGUGACCGGUCAGUUGGACCCAGAUGACAUACCCGACCCCAACACCUCCGACUUUGAUUACAGGUCCGGUCAAUAUCACGACCACCUAUCGUCGGAGGUGUUCGAUACUGAUGGAACUCCAGCCAAACUGGACUUGGAUUAUUCUAUGAAAAACAUCAGCAAAUACAAAACAGAUAGUGUGCGGAUCCGAUGUGAGAUAUCCGGAAAUCCGCUUCCUCGCUACAAGUGGUUCAAGGACACUGUUCCCAUUGGAGAGAAUGAGGGUCGUAUCAGUAUUAGACAAACUCCUUGGGGAUCACGGUUGAAGAUCGAGAAACUAGAGCCAUACGACAGUGGCUGGUACAUGUGCCGAGCGGUCAAUAAAGCUGGACAGGUCAACACCACUGGGUUCUUAGAGGUCAAAGAAGGGUAUCCUCCAAUUAAGGACAAGGAUUCAGGAGGACGAGAUGGAGGCAGACCUAAUCCUCCCGACAUCAGUGAUAACACAGACAGCUUCUAUGGGAAGUAUGAUCCAGACAUUUACAACAAAUACAAGGAAGAAGAACGAAAGUCUCAGGAAGAGGGUGACGGUUUCUGUCAAGUGUUCCGAGGCACAACAUGUUCACGUUUCUUACAGAACAAGACAAUCUACGUUACCUCCGAGUACUCUCAAGGCAUCAAGGAGGAAAAUUUCCUCGCGGCCUUUACAACGAUCCAAGCGUCUAACACCAUGAGUAAGGAAUGUCAAGCCUUUGCGAUACCAUUCCUGUGCUACCAUACGUUCCCUCUUUGUGACAACGACCCCAUUAGUCCAAAACCACGCCAGGUGUGUCGUGACGAGUGUGAGAUGCUAAAAAGUAAUAUCUGUCAAAAGGAGUAUGUCAUCGGCAAACAUCAUCCUCGCAUCGGUGACAAGUUUCUACCAAAGUGUUAUGAGUUAGCUCCCCCUGGCACUGUGGAGGGUGAUCGAUGUAUAAGCAUUGGUGUCACAAAAACACAUCCGAAGGAGAAUUGUUACAACGGAAGUGGGGAGAACUAUCGAGGCCAUGUCAAUAGGACGCGUUCUGGUCGAACCUGUCAAAACUGGCUACACAACCCAAGCUUCAAGUCCAAAGAUAAUAAAGAGCUUGGAAAUCAUAACUUUUGCCGGAACCCUAAUGGGACAUUCACAGGCCCCUGGUGUUUCACAGACCCGUAUUACCACCAUAGUGAGCUGUGCGACAUUCCCAAAUGUACACCAUAUCAAACUGGCGAGCCAGUCGACAAACUCAUGUUUAUUUUGGUACCGGGGAUCAUCGUACCACUGGCGCUUGUUCUGCUUCUGGCAAUUGUCUGCCUGUUCCAGCGACAUCGAAAACAGAAAGGUGUUGGUUUGAAAAAUGGACGUCAGGCACCACAGAAUAACACUGAAUCUCAUCCACUUACGGCAAAAUCUGGUACUCGUAUCCGCGAAUUUCCUCUCUCGUCAAUCCGAUUCAUGCAGGAGCUUGGAGAGGGAGCAUUUGGGAAAGUUUACAAAGGCGACCUGCUCGGUCUUUAUGCUGAAAACACAGUGUCCAAGGUUGCUAUAAAGACUUUGAAAGAAAACGCAACACCAAAGAUGAAGAACGAUUUCCGUCGAGAAGUUGAUUUAAUGACGGAAAUGCGUCACCCAAAUAUAGUGUGUUUACUUGGCGUGUGCAUGAAACAAGAACCUAUGUGUAUGCUGUUUGAGUUUAUGCCUCAUGGAGACUUACACGAGUAUCUUAUCUGUCGUUCACCAAACUCGGAUGUGUCGGUAGCAGAUGACGAUUGUGCUCAUAAACCGAUGCUUGACUACCCAGACAUGCUACAUAUCGCCACCCAAGUGGCCUCGGGAAUGGAGUACCUGGCCAGCCAUCACUUCGUACAUAGGGACUUGGCUGCCAGAAAUGUGCUGGUCGGAGAAAACCUGAGUGUAAAGAUUUCUGACUUCGGACUUUCCCGGGACAUCUACUCGUCAGACUACUACAGGGUUCAAAGUAAGUCUCUACUUCCAGUUCGCUGGAUGCCCCCAGAGUCAAUUCUGUAUGGAAAGUUCACAACAGAGAGCGAUGUAUGGUCAUUCGGAAUUGUGAUGUGGGAAAUUUUCAGCUAUGGCCUGCAGCCAUACUAUGGCUUCUCAAAUCAGGAAGUAAUCGAGGUUGUAAGGAAACGCCAAAUUCUUCCAUGCCCAGAAGACUGCCCUACUCGUAUAUAUGGUCUCAUGGUUGAGUGCUGGCAUGAGACUCCAGCACGACGACCCCUAUUUAGGGAAAUAGCUGCACGUCUUAAAGCAUGGAAGACUGAGAUCAUGAUGCAAAACCCUCACUGGAGCUUGAGCCAGAGCCACUCGGCCCACUCCAGUAGUCAUCAGAGCUCCCAGAGUGGGCCGAGUCACCAAGGCAGUACGGGGCCUAGCAACACUACAGCCCUUACUGGGUUGACGGGAUCGAGUGGGGGGUCGGAUCCAUCCCAAUCCAGCCAUGGAAUGUCCCCCGCUCCACCACUUGGUAUGAUGCCCCCGAGUUACCAUGCCCUUCCCCCGCACUACCUGGCUAACCAGGUUCAGAUGCCUCAACAUCCACACAUGAUGGGCCAGCCGCAGGGCCAACCAAUGAACCAGAAACUUUUAGCACAGUUCAACAGCCCCCCUAACCAGAUCCCUAAUGGAAUUUCUAAGCUAUCUCCUCCGGGGUCCGUUGCUAGUUCUAAGGCAUCGAAUAGUUCAGGGUCGCAGGGCUCGGGACAACCAUACAAACCCAACACAAUGCCACACCCUCAGACAGUGCCACAGGGUGGCCCUCACAUCACGAGUAACGGUCCAGCGGUUCUCCCUCUCACAGACAAUAGUAACAAGUAUGGUCCACAGAAUACAUACAUUCCAGACCAGCGGACUGAGUACAAUGAGAUUUAGUCUUCUGUCUAUGGGAAUACCUGUGAAUUUACUCGUAAAAGUGUGAUAUAUCCAUGUACUGCGGAAUUUACAUCAGAAUGAAGUGUCAGCGGUGAUUCAAUGAACCUUUCGUAACUGGUGUAGAUUUUGGAAAUGAACUGCAUCGAUAACUUGUGUAUGGUCUGUAGUACUGCAAGUGUUCUGUAUCCCAGACUUCGUAUAAUUGAAUACAGGUAUUCAGUGUGUUUUUCGCGAGAGAGUGGAAUAUCAGUAUUAUCAUAAACAGGAUAGUGAAAUACUGAUAUAUCAUUGUGGAAAACCGGUACAUCAUGAUUGGAUAGUGGAUACCUGUUUACAAUUAAUGGGAUUCUGGAAUUCCCGCGGUAUAUUAUGUUCGGGAUAGUGGAAUAUAUGUUUUCUGUGAUCUGUAUAACUGAAUCUAGGCCUGCUGUAAAUGGAAUAAUGUUACGCAAGUACAGCAAGUGUAUAAUACAGGUUUUGUCAGGCUUCAAAAAGUGUUAGACUGUUGUAACAAAUCUCAAAGAGCAUUAUACAGGUGUAAUUGACUCGAGACGAGUGUUAUACAGGUGUGCAGCUGUACUGGUAUUCCAGUUUUGUGACAGAGUUAGAGCAACGUCAUGCCACGAUAAAAGUGUGGAGAAUUUAACAGCUCAGAAUUACUUACCCCUACUUUUAUACCAAAUUACCUUUACUUCAGUAACAGAGUUGUUGUGGAAUUCCAUGAUCAGCUCGGAAUGCCUGUUUAGUUGAAUAUGUUGUAGCAGGAAGAUAUUACCGAACUUAACCGCUACAUGGCAUGGUAACUUGGAGUGUAAUACAAAAACGUUUAAUGACACGGAUAAGUCACCCGCUGGAUACACUAGAAUGAUGCAGAGUUUCUUGUUUGUCUUCAUGUGGAGAAAAAAAUAUAUAUAUCUGUUUUGAAAAAACAGAAAUUGACCAUAUGUUAUAUAACUGUGCUAGUAGCCAAAGUUAACAAUUACUUGGAGAUGCUAACUUUGAAAUUAAUGCCUCGUUUAAAUAUUAACGAGAUAUUGUGUUAUUAUGGACCUGGUAAGUACUACAUGACUUUUUGUCAUAAGUGUAAGUUUAUUGUAUUUGCAUAAUGAUAUAAUGUUUUAUGUGAUAGUAGAUGCACCGUUAAAGUUUCCAUUCAAGGGGAGGCAAAUUAACCACAUUUGACUCCAAGGGAGAUAACUUAACCCUUCCAAGACAAAGGGAGGGAACAUUCUUCCUCUAUUAAAGGAAGUUUCCCAUACAAAGGGAGACAAUUUGUUCAUAUUUCCAAAUAAUAUGUCCAGUUUAUUUUGCAGUAAACAGCACUUGUAAUGGCCAAUAGCAAAGUCACCUUAACUUCUAGCAUGUAAGAAUUUUUAUUUAUGAAAGAUAUAUUUUAUUCUGAAAUUUUCAGAUAUUUUAUCAAAAUUUUCUCUAAUUCUUUUAAUUUUAUCAUGAAAAAAAAUAUAUGAAUUUUAUCAGAUAUUCUAAUGUCAUAAUUUAAAUAUUUUUAUUAUUUUUUUAGGAAAAAACUGAAUCAGGUUUUCCCAAAACCUGAAGGAAUUGAAGAAUAUCACUGUUUAUUUAUAAUUGAUUAUUGGACAAUCCAAACCUAAUUAAAUUAUCUAAACUUAAUUGAUAAAUAUCUCAGGCAGAAUUUACAAGUGUUACGCUGAUUAAAUAUCCCAAGGCUGUGUCUCUAAAAUAUUCUUAUUUAUUUUUUUUAGAAUCUCAUUUUAGUUCAGUAAUAUAUAAAAACUUUAAGUAGAUUUUAAUGAGUAGAACCAAUGUUUAGGACUGUAUAUUCAGACCAGGAUUUUUACUCUGAUACCAUGCUAACUUAUUUAAAAAAAACACAAGAUUUUCUUGAAACAUUGGUCUUAGCAGAUAUUUUUUUUUUUUUUUUGUCAAAUUCAUCUUUUAAUCUUUAUGAGUUUAAUCAUAGUUUACCAGAUACAAACAUUAUUAUAUAUAUAAUAUAUAUAUAUUGCUGAUAUAUUAUAGUUCAUUCAACAUAUAUAAUCACAAAAUUUUAAAUAUAACUAUAUAUAUGUAUAACAUAAAGAUUUUCAGACUGGUGCUACCAUCCGAACUUGUGGGUGGAUGUAUGCAAAAAGGAUCGUGCAAGAGUUGUGUCCCUUCAUUACAAUUGAAACUAUAUGGUAUUGGUAUUCUCAGUUUUUUGCAACAAUGUUUUUGGUAAUCUUGGCAUUAAUCUGAAAUUGUUUGACCAACAUAGGUAUAUGUAGUUACCAAAAAAUGCUGAAAAGUUUUUUAUACAAGUUUUUUUUUUAUUAUUUUCAAAAUACCUGGUAGAAUCAUUUAUCAAGAAAACUAAAAUCUCAAUGAACUCUUUAUUUUCUUAAUUUUUGAAAACCAUUGAUAGUUCAGUUCAGUUCACAGAUGGAUAGUUUUUAAACUGUUGAAAAGCUUCUGGAAAUCAUAAGAAAUUUUCUGAUAUUGCUAAACAAUGAAGUAAUGUUCUGUCACAGUAAAUUGAAUGUUUGUACAGUGCAUGGACACAGAAUCCAUUCUAUAGUAAAUUGUUCAAUAUGUUUAUGAGGAGUGUAAUAUAAACUAAUAUUUCUGCGAUCAGCAGAAUUGUGGCUGUUUAUUGUGAAGUCAAAUGCGAAAUACAGAUGAUUUUUGCUGUCAUUUGUGGUAUUUUUAUUAUGUUUGUUACGAUGUUGUUUGCUGCAUGAUGGUAAACUUUUCUAGUCAGAUGAAUUGUAGGAUGUAUUGUUAUCGGAAAUAUUUCAGUGCUGCAAUUAUUGACAAUAUUUAUAUUUAAUUAUGAUAAGUUUAUAUAAAUAUAUAUAUGUGUAUGUACAUCUGUCAUGGUUGCUGUUGACCAUGUUUUUUGUUGUGUAUAGCGAUCAUUUCUUUCACAUUCAUACCGGAAUAUUUUCAACAGUCUUAAAAGAAAAAGCAUUUUUGAAUACUCCAAAAAAUGGAAAUUACUUAAAAGUAAUGUUGCAUAAUUUUUUUUCUUUUGUUUCACAAAGCAAAAGCUGUACAACUUCUUGUACACUUUUUCAUUUUUAAGGUACAAAUUUAUAUAUAAUAUCUUGUAUACUUUGUCAUAGAUCUUAUACAUGUACAAUUUCUUAUAUAUACUUUUGCAAGUAAAAGUGCACAUAGAAGCUGGAACAUAUCUAUUCAUGAAAUGUGCUUAAUCAGAAUCUUUAUCUACAAGGCAUCAAAAGGAGAUUAAAUACAUUUAUCAAAGAAAUCAAACCAAAAUCUAGAUUUAAUUCAGAUUUGAAUGUUCUACUUAUCAACCACAUACAAAUAACUACAUGUGUAUUUCAUUUGCUUUCAUAUCUGUAUAUGGCUUAAAUGUGUACAAAUAUUGAAGAUAAAUAAAAAUAUACCCAAUAUUUUUUUUGAUGUUAUGAUGAAAUGCCAAUUAAGAAAAAUUAUAUUUAUUACACCGUAGAAGAAAUAUGGCAUGUCAGAAAUCAAAAUUUUUUCAUUUCUUUUUUUCUAAAUUACAACUUCUACAUAAGAGUUUUGCUAAUAUAGAAAAAAAUAUAUCUGUGUAUGGUUGUGAAAUGCUCGGAUGCCUUAACAGUACUAGUAGUAUAGUGAUGUAAUUCCGGUGUAUGAAAUACAGUUUAUUUACAAAUCAUUCAGUUCUUAAACAAAUAUUCUUUUCUCGCACAAAGUUAAAAUAAUUCAAAAUUUGCUCAUUCAGAUUAUAAUUGCAAAGUUGAAAAAUAAAAUAUAUUGAGAGAAGGAAAAUUUAUCUUCAAAAUUUUUCAGUCAAAUAUAUUUUAUAUAAUAUACACACCCCCGUAGUUUGAACAGUGGAUAAAAAUAUUUCAUCUAAAACUUUAAAUAAAAUGCAUUUCUUUUUUUUUCAUUUUGUGUUGAUGUCAUUGCCUAGUGCAAGGCUAAACAUUUAAAAAAAAAUGUCUUUAACAUUGAAAUUUGUUUCUAACAAAUAAAAAUCAUUCACCUUUAAAAAAGAAGAAGCUUAUAUGAUUAUAUAGAUGGAAAUAUAUAUAUUUUCACGCCAUUUUAAACAUUUUGUAGCUUAAAUUUGUACAUUGAAAUAGCUGUGGAAAAAUUAGUCAUGUUUGAAAGAAUGUACAACAAAUUAAAUUAUGCCAUAUGGAAGUCUGAUUUUAUGCUUGAUUCAUCAAUUUUAAAAUACGUUGAAAAUUGGUUAUAAUUUUCACCUUAAAUUUUUAUUGAUACAUUAUGGAGGUUUGUAUAAGACCUCUCGUUUAAUGCCAUACACAAAUGUACUGGAUGUUGUCUGUAAGAUAUGGAUAUCCUCAUCAAUAGCAAAAUAUUUGUAUAAAACGCCUCAGUUUCCAUGCUAUAUAUGUUUUAUUUGUAUAAAAAGCCAUGAUCUAUAUUUCCCCGAUGAAGUCCCCGUAUUAUCAUAUUAGCGCCAAAGUUGCUUCAUUUUGUAAAUAAUGACUUCUUAAUUCCAUGUACUUGUUUGUAAGCAAUUCUAAUAUAUAUCACGCCUUUUUUUUAAUUUGAUUUUAUUAUAAUGCUACAUACAUUAAAAUGUAUGGAGUUGUCUCCCUUUUGUCAAAAAAAUUCGGACUUCUCCUUUCAUCAGUGUUGAAUACAGAAGAAGAAGAAACUGGUAUAAUAUUUCAGAUGUUAAAAGUUUGUACAAUCUACUUUAAAUUGUUAUUUAUAGUCAUAUGCAGGAAAAUCUGCCCUAGUGAUGUUCUGGCUAUGGUGAAUAUCUGUCCAUAAUGACAGAUUUUUACACGUGCCAAAUGAGUCACUACACGCAGAUUUCUGUAAUAUUUGCAGAGAUCAUUUUUUCUUCUGUAAUUAUGUAUUCUUUACAUCUUGGUAGAUCUCUAGAUCUAGUACAGAGCAAAGCUUGCUUUUAUAUAUAUACUCGGUGUAUCUGAAUAUUGCAGGUGACGAGCAUAGUGCGGGCGAGUCUCACAUUUUUGAGAUAAAACUUCAUAUGAAAUGAUUUUGUUCAAAUCAGAGAUUUCUGCAAAGACAGGAUUCUAUGAAGUACUCCAUGGUCAUAUAUAUAUUUUGCUGGUUUAUACUCAAGCACUACCCUGGUAUGAACACAUGUCUGGUAAAUAGUCCCUAUGAACUAUCCACAUAUCUCAACUGUAGGCGCUUCUUCAAGUCUUUUUUUUUUCUCUUUUUCUCAACAGAUUCACAAAGGUCACGCCUUUCAAGUAAUUUGAUUUGGUUUUGUAUUUCUUAGGCAGAUUAUUAUUCCUUAAAAACAAAAUGGAGAAAAAAACGGAAAAUAUUUCCUGUACCAAUAUAUUUUGUUGCAUCUAAUUUGUACAGAUCCUUCCUUUGGGUAAAACUUAAAGUAUGCCCUGAAAACUAUAACAAAUAAGUAAGAAAUUCCUAUCGGGGGGAAUUAUAAGAUGGAAAAGGCUUCUAUUUAAUUUAAAAUUCAGUUUGAGACUUGUGUAUAUGGUUCAAGGUCAUUUUGAUGCCCUUUGUAAAUUUCAAGGUCAUUGACAGUUUUUGAUGCUCUUUGUAAAUUUCAAGGUCAUUGACAGUUUUUGAUGCCCUUUGUAAAUUUCAAGGUCAGUUAAUUUGACAGAGUGUUUACUAAUACCCUCUGUAAUUUUCAAGGUCAUCAAAGGUCAAGGAAGUUUUGUAAACUUCAGUCAGCAGGUUGAAUGCUGAAGAGGACCCAUGUGUACAUUUCAAGGUCAAUUGAUGUUAUUGGCGACCUGCAUAUGUUUCAUAGAAUGUCAUGUUUAUUCCACAUUAGUGUCAACAGCUUAGCAUGUACCAUUAUUACAUUAUUGAUCAUGUGUUGUUGUGGUCACAACACGGUGACAACUCAUCCAUCCAACACAGCAAAAUAAAGUGUUUGACAAAGCUAA